AUGGAAGGCGGGAAACCCACCCUGCCGCUGGUUUACCAGGCCGUGCAGGCGCUGUAUCACGACCCGGACCCUGCCGGCAAGGAGCGCGCCUCAGUCUGGCUGGGAGAGCUACAGAGAUCGGAAGGAGUGCCAGAGGACACUGAUGAUUUCGGCGAGUUCAGGAUGAGAGUGUCUGAUCUUGUGAAAGAUGUAAUUUUCCUAGUCGGCUCCAUGGAGUGUUUCUCGCAGCUUUAUUCGACUCUGAAGGAGGGAAACCCCCCAUGGGAAGUAACUGAGGCUGUUCUGUUCAUCAUGGCUGCCAUAGCUAAGAGUAUCGAUCCUGAGAAUAAUCCCACUCUGACGGAGGUGCUGGAGCAGGUAGUGUUGCUUCCCGAGACGGUCCACAUUGCCGUUCGCUACACCAGCAUCGAGCUGGUUGGCGAGAUGAGCGAAGUGAUUGACCGGAACCCUUGCAUGUUAGAUCCUGUUUUGAACUUCCUGAUGAAGGGUUUGCGGGAGAAGCCGUUGGCCUCUGUGGCAGCUAAAGCCAUUCACAACAUCUGCUCAGUGUGUCGAGAUCACAUGGCACAGCACUUCCAGGGCCUGCUGAACAUCGCCCGCUCACUCGACUCAUUCGCCCUGUCCACAGAUGCUGCGGUUGGCUUGCUAAAAGGCACAGCGCUGGUGUUGGCCCGCCUCCCCCUGGAGAAGAUUGCGGAGUGUCUGAACGAUCUGUGUGCGGUUCAGGUCAUGGCACUGAGGAAGCUGCUGACUCAGGACUCCAGUAGUGGGAAGUUAUCAGACCCCACUGUGUGGCUGGACAGACUGGCUGUUAUCUUCAGACACACAAACCCCAUAGUAGAGAAUGGACAGACACACCCCUGCCAGAAAGUCAUUCAAGAGAUCUGGCCGGUGUUGUCGGAGACGUUGAACGCCCACCAAAAUGAUAACCGGAUAGUGGAGCGCUGCUGCCGCUGCUUGAGAUUUGCAGUGCGUUGCGUAGGCAAAGGCUCUGCGUCCUUAUUACAGCCACUUGUUACUCAGAUGGUGAGUGUGUACCAAGUGUACCCCCACUCCUGUUUCCUGUACCUAGGCAGCAUUCUAGUGGACGAGUAUGGCAUGGAGGAAGGAUGCAGACAAGGCCUGUUGGAUAUGCUACAGGCUCUCUGUAUGCCGACCUUCCAGCUGUUAGAGCAGCCUAAUGGACUGCGCAAUCACCCCGACACAGUUGACGAUCUUUUUCGACUCGUCACAAGGUUUGUCCAGCGUAGUCCGGUCACGUUGCUGAGCAGCACUAUUAUCGUCCACAUUAUCCAAUGUGCCAUCGCUGCCACCACCCUGGACCAUAGAGAUGCCAACUGCAGCGUCAUGAAGUUCGUCAGAGACCUCAUUCACACCGGGGUCACCAAUGACCAUGAGGAUGACUUUGAGAUUCGAAAGCGUCUGAUUGGCCAGGUGAUGGAGCAGCAUGGGCAGCAGCUAGUGACUCAGCUGAUCAACACCUGCUGUUUUUGCCUGCCGCCUUACACUCUGCCUGAUGUGGCGGAGGUACUCUGGGAGAUCAUGGUCUUUGAUCGGCCGACGUUUUGCCGCUGGCUGGAAACCACACUGAAGGGUCUUCCAAAAGAAACGGCAGGAGGCGCUCUAACCGUCACACACAAGCAGCUCACCGACUUCCAUAAGCAGGUCACGAGUGCAGAGGAAUGUAAACAGGUUUGUUGGGCGAUAAGAGAGUUCACCAGGCUGUACCGAUAGCUGUCUUUUACCUGCUGAUGCUGCAAGACCAGGUCAGAUUUUUUUGUUUUGCUAACAUUUGGAGGAAGUGGCAAAGGGAGCCAUGAUGACCACUGUUGAGAAACUAAAGGGAACUCUUGUAUGAAGGAUCUGUGGGACUUGGCAAAAUGGGAAAGCCGACCAAUUGAAUUGGAGCUUUGGAAUGGCAGGGUUUCAGGAAAAGCAAAUUGCCUUGUGGGUGUCAAAAGACCGCAGCCCCAUCCCUCCCUUUUACCCCGAACGAGCACACAGAUGCCAGCCACAGCGAGAGAAGGGGGGAUAUUUCGGAAGGGACACCGUCGUCUUGUGGGAGGGGGGCCGUCGAAUGGACACUGAAAUACAUACACCCAUUUCAAAACAUGGAUGAACGUCUGCAUCGGUCGGAUUUCUGGGGAUCCAUCAAAAACCAACGACAAAUAAGGAUGUGCCUGGUUGCAAAUCAUAAUGCAUCGUUAAAAAAGAGAGACUUGUACGUUUUUAAAAACAAAAAUGGAGAUUUAUUUUCAUGGACGUGUGUUUAGAGAUCAAGUUAUGGCUUUGCUGCCAGUGCCAUAAAAUGAUUACCAAACUAAAGAUUGUCACAGCAGCAUGUCCCACAGUCUGCGCCUGUGGGACAUUUGCAAAGGGAGAGUUGGCGUCACCCUUGAUCUUUUUAAAAGUUGGCUGGGAUUUUAUCCGUACAGGUUAUGCUGUAAAUUAUGGAGUGGACUGACUGGCAGGGGCUUUUUUUUUUGUUUGUUCUUUCACCAUAUUGGCACAUCUCGAGAUGCAGAGAUCGUCUUCGGCCGAUUGUGUGAACAAAUAAAACCAACAUUGUGAGGAACAAA